AUGGCAUUCCGCGAGAACGGCGGCUCAUCAACCUGCAUCAUGGAGCCCACCAUCGAGCUCCAAGACGUCUCUCACUACAUCACCAAACCGGACAACGCCCGACUACCCCAAUCAAAGUCGAACUUACAGCUCGAUGAGACGACGUCUCAGAGAAGCCAGCAGGAGGACGACGAUCCGGUGGAGAGUCUCCCUUCUCCGACCACGCAGGCGGCUGUGCGGCUGGAAAGAUGGAAUACGCCGAGAUUGAACUUCUGGAGGACCUUGGCCGCGUUUUGGAGCUUCGUGGUUAUGGGGAGCAAUGAUGCGGCUUAUGGUGCAUUGAUCCCAUAUCUCCAAGAAUACUACAACCUCACCUUCGUAGUAAUCUCGCUAGUCUUCCUCUCCCCCCUCGUAGGCUACACCGCCUCCGCGCUCCUCAACAAUGCCAUCCAUCUCAAGUUCGGGCAACGUGGCGUCGCCAUCAUCGCCCCUGGCUGCCACCUCGUCGCCUACAUCGUCAUCGCCGUGCAUCCCCCUUAUCCGGUCCUCGUCGUCAUCUUCAUGAUCGCCGGGUUUGGGAACGGCCUCGCGGAUGCGGCGUGGAAUGCCUGGAUCGGUAAUAUGGCGAACCCGAAUGAAGUGCUGGGGUUUCUACAUGCGUUCUACGGACUGGGCGCUGUGUUGGCGCCGCUGGUAGCAACGACGAUGAUUACGAAGGGGCAGCGGUUGCCGUGGUAUUACUUCUAUUAUGUCAUGAUCGGCAUGGCCGCCAUCGAAAUCCUGACCUCCAUCUCCGCCUUCCGCGCCGCCACCGGCGCCAUCUUCCGCGAGAACAACCCGCGCACCACAGGCACCAAAGAUCACCGCAUGAAGGAGGCGCUCCUGCGUCUGCCCUUUGCCCGUGUGACCUGGAUCUGCGCGUUGUUCCUGCUGGGCUAUGUGGGCAUCGAAGUCGCACUCGGCGGCUGGAUCGUCAAGUUCAUGCUCGAGGUGCGCGACGGGAAUCAGUUUGCCAGCGGGAUGACCGCGACGGGCUUCUGGAUGGGGAUUACGGUGGGCAGGAUUGUGCUAGGGUUUGUGACGCCGAAGUUGGGGGAGAAGUUGGCUAUUGCUAUCUACCUCCCGCUCACCAUGGCCCUCGAGCUCAUCUUCUGGCUCGUCCCGCAAUUCUACGUCUCCGCCGUCGCCGUCGCGCUGCAGGGCUUCUUCCUGGGGCCGCUGUUCCCCGCCGCCGUCGUGGCUGCGACGAAGCUGCUGCCCCGGCAUCUGCACGUCAGCGCUAUCGGCUUCGCUGCGGCGUUUGGCGGGAGCGGCGCGGCGAUCUUUCCGUUUGCGGUCGGGGCUAUUGCCCAGGCGAAGGGCGUGCAGGUGCUGCAGCCGAUUAUUCUGGUGCUGCUAGGUGUCAUUUGGGUGCUUUGGUUGUGUUUGCCGAGGAUUCAUCGGAAGGUGGAGUAG